AUGGCAUCAGGCGCCGCUUCCUCCGCCUCCUCCACACCCCUCAUCUCUCAGCUUCUGGGCAAACUCAAGCCGCCUCUCAUCCUCACCGACACUGCAUGGAUACCCAAAUUUCGCCAGACGUGCUUCCCUCCAGACUUAAUACCAUCACCACAUCAAGAGCAAGCAGCUGCUUCCUCAAGGUCAGAUACAGCCUUCGCCUCUGCUAGCAAAGCUCCACAGCCCACCUCGUGGCAAGACCACCUCUCCUCGGCUCCAAAGGAGAGCUUUACCUCUUCCUUUGCCAACCUCCUCUCCUCGCGCCCCUCCUUGGUCUUCUUUGGAGAACAACAUCACCAGCCACAUGUCAUACGCGCUCAGAUUCAGCUCCUGGCAGCUCUGGCAGAUCAGAGAGAUGAGCUAGACAAGGACUCAUCUCAGGCACCACACGCCGACAAGAGGACUGUCCAUCAUCUUCACCUCCUCAUGGAGCACUUCUCCUACGCAGACCAACCACUUCUGGAUCGCUUCCAUGCAGGUACGCUGUCUAUAUCAGAGCUCUGCUCAGCAUAUAGGGAGAGGUCCAACGAAGGAUUCAAGAUCGAAAUGUACGCACCCCUCCUGCUGCUGGCCAGGGAGAGGGGAGCUACCAUUUGGGGAGGAUUCCCACCUAGGACAUGGGCAAGGGAGAUGGUCAAAGAAGGAGUCGAGAAGGUCAAGGGGCUGGAGCAGCAGCGUAAGAGUGACACUCAGGCUGAUCCGACGCGGAGACCUCUAGUCACUGCUCGCGUUGGAGAAGAGGUGACAAGAGACGAGAAGGCGUCAGCAGGUACGAUUGGUCCUCCUCAGCCUAGCCCUUUGCCUUUCCUCCCUGCACCCGGUCGGCUCUCUCUCCCUACAUUCAUGUCCUGGGACCGAGUGCAGCAGCUGUCAUCUUCCCAUCGGACAUUCUUGUCCUCCUUGAUGAGGCCAGACGGUCCUCCUCGCUUUCCCUCGACGCCCUCGCCCGGCGUGCCACUCGGAGCCAUCAGUGCACUGCGCUUAUACCCAACUCAAGAGCUCCAAGGUCCCAAGGCCGAGAGCAAAGGCUUCUCACCCGCUCAGGCUCUGAAGGAUUCCUAUCUCGCGCACGCUGCUAGCAGUCUUGUCGAGGAAGGCCAUCUGCUAGCGAGGACGACUAGCGACAGCAUAAGGGAUCAGAGCUCUUCGGCUCAAGCAGAAGAUGCAGAAGUGGAGCACCGCAACAUUGUAUUGGUGGUGGCGGGGCUCGGUCAUAUUGAAGCAGGGUUUGGUGCGCCGGAGAGACUGGCACAGAGUGUACCGGGACCCGAUGCACCUGCAGACAAGAGCGGAGGACAACGGCCGUUAAUCAUCCUCUCCAAGCCAAAAGAUUCCUCUCUGUGGCUCGGUCCCGAAUGGGUAGACCCCGCGUCGACGCAGCUCUUGACCCCUCGCACUGGUGAGAUGCAGGCUAUCACGCCAGAGUGGCUCAAGCAACAAGUCCUGGCCCCUUCGGCAGGACAAGUUGCAGGUCACGCAGGAGCAGUAGGGACAUUUGAGGGUCCCAACGGUGAAGCCUUGGUGGCCAAGAAAAGCAUCAAGUCCGAGGCCCAAUUCUAUGAAGACCUCAAUUCUCCCGAGCCGCUCGCAAAUGAGAGCCAGCAAGCUUCCUCCCGCCGUCAAAGCUUCGCGCAGAGAUUCACGCCCAAGUACUACGGCUCUUUCUCCCUCUCGGAUGACACUGCGUCGAAGGAGACCUCGGUCGUGUGCGAGGAUCUCUUGGCGGGCUAUCGACGUCCGAAUGUCAUGGACAUCAAGCUGGGCACACAGCUCUGGGACGAAGACUCCAGUGAGGAGAAGCGACGGAGAAUGGACAAAGUCAGCAGGGAGACGACGAGUGGAUCUACGGGCGUUAGAUUGACGGGAUGGCGGACGUGGGACCCAAUCAACCAGGAGUACCACAUUGUUCCGAAGGUCUUUGGGAAAUCUAUCAAGCCUGAGCAGCUUUCACUGGGCAUGCGAGCCUUCUUCGGUCAGCUGCAGUCCAACAGCAAAGCCUCCAAAGCCGGAACUGGAGCAGAGAAUCAAGCUCAGGCCUUUGAGCAGAUCAUGAAAGAGUGUGGGCUACCUGGACCACCAAGUGUCCCGAGCUCUGCUCCUCAAACAGGCGAGGAGAGACAGCCACUCAGCACCUCAAACGGCAGCGACACCCCUUCCACCGCUCCGUACCGCCAUUCCGCACCUCACCUCUCUACCCCUCUCGUACAAAUUCUCCUAGCAGAGCAUCUCCUCCCCCCACUGCAGGAGCUCACAUCCGCCUUCUCUCAGCUGAAUCUGAGGAUGCGCGGCGGUAGUCUGCUCGUGGUAUGGGAGGGGGACGAGACUAGGUUGGAGGAGCUGAUGCGCCUCAAGCGGGGGAGUACUGCUGAGGCAGGGGGAGGGGGAGGGGCCAGCCCGCAACCGAUCAGCUUGCACUUGAUCGAUUUUGCCCACUCGCGCUUUGUGUCUCCUGGAGCAUCUGGGUUUGCAGGCUCAUCUGGUGCAGUAGACAGCAAUGAGAAUUCGGGUACGGCUUCAGACUCGGGCCCGGACCAAGGAGUUCUUAAAGGUCUGCGCACAGUCCGCUCGCUGGUGGAGGAGAUUGUUGCUAGUACCGGCAAUGUCGAUGUCUACGCUGGCACUAGCGCUAGCACAAGCCCAGACGACACAGGCGCGGGGGCAAGCACAAGCACCACACCAAAAGCCACCGUGGACCAUGGCUGGGAUCGGAAGUUGGCGGACGCACUGGUUCUUUAUGACUGGGUGGAUAUCGAUGAAGGGAUACCCCCUGCUGCGCCCGCUGCUGCUGGUGCCUCGCCUGCGAGCAUCUCCCGCUACGUGACGUGA